GGGUUGGGCGUGACCGCCAUCGCCUAUUUGUGGUGGAGGAAGAACCGUUGGCAGCUGCGUCAGGUAGGCACGGUGUCGCAGCUCCUCAUAUACCCCAUUAAGUCAUGCCGCCCCGUCUCCGUUGAAGAGGCUGAAUGUCUAGAACUUGGCUUGAGGAACGGAGAGCUUGACGAUCGGCACUGGCUGGUGGUGGCCGAAGACGGUCACAUGGUGACGGGCAGGCAGGAGCCACAAAUCGUCCUGAUCGACGUGAACAGGCAUGGCGGCUCUCUUUGUCUUGAGGCUCCGGGAAUGGAGAAGAUAUCUGUGUCCUUUUCUCUGCCGAAGACCAACAAGGUGUUGGACUGUCGGGUCUUCGGGACGGACAUCCAAGGCCGUGACUGCGGAGACGAGGUGUCUCGGUGGCUGACCUCCUAUUUUCAGAGCAGCCAGCCGUACCGCUUGGUGCACUUUGAGCCUGGGGUGAUGAAACCA